AAAGAUUAUGAGAAACCGAGCGCUAAGUACCCGACUGUUUAACGGCCUCGCCCAGGGACUAGUCCGAGUAACCAACCAACUUUAGGAAGGAAGAAAAAGUGGGCGUGGGGACAGGGAGGAAAGGAAGACGAAGGUUCCGGAGGCGCGGGGCACUUGGGAGUCGUAGUUCGCGAUCUCCGCAGAGCGCGCACUGGCGGAAGUGACCCAGAAGGCGGGCGGAAGCUGGACGCUACGGUUCGCGUUUGGUGGCGAGACCGGGGCAGAGGCUGGGAGAAGGCGGAGUUGGCACGGAGCCGAAACCCCCGGGCUUGUGUGGAGAUAACCCGAGCCCCAGCUGCUCCCCGAGGCUCUAAUUUCCUUACGGCGAGCGCCGCGCCUCGCAUCUGGCUUCCCCAGCAUGCACAGGCACCCUGGGUGCGGCUGAGGGCGCGGGGCCUAGGAAUGAUCGUCUCUUUUGCCUGCUUCGCGCUCCGGUGGCACCGACCGCCCGGAGGCCGUGCCUUGUCCCGCGCCGCCAUGGAGGUGGCUUUCCGAGGGGUGCGGAAAGUCCUCUGUGUGGCCGAGAAAAACGACGCGGCCAAGGGCAUUGCCGACCUGCUAUCCAGCGGUCGCAUGAGGCGGAGAGAAGGACUUUCUAAAUUCAACAAGAUCUACGAAUUUGAUUAUCACUUGUAUGGCCAGAAUGUUACCAUGAUAAUGACUUCAGUUUCUGGACAUUUGCUGGCUCAUGAUUUCCAGAUGCAAUUUCGAAAAUGGCAGAGCUGCAAUCCUCUUGUCCUCUUUGAAGCAAAAAUUGAAAAGUACUGCCCAGAGAAUUUUGUAGACAUCAAGAAAACUCUGGAACGAGAGACACGGCAGUGCCAGGCUCUGGUGAUCUGGACUGACUGUGAUAGAGAAGGUGAAAACAUUGGAUUUGAGAUCAUCCAUGUGUGCAGGGCUGUGAAGCCCAGUCUGCAGGUGCUGCGAGCCCGUUUUUCUGAGAUCACACCCCGUGCUGUCAGGAUGGCCUGUGAAAACCUCACCGAGCCUGAUGAGAGAGUGAGCAGUGCUGUGGAUGUGAGACAGGAGCUGGACCUGAGAAUUGGAGCUGCAUUCACCAGGUUCCAGACCCUGCGGCUUCAGAGGAUUUUCCCUGAAGUGCUGGCAGAGCAGCUCAUCAGUUAUGGCAGCUGCCAGUUCCCCACGCUCGGCUUCGUGGUGGAGAGGUUCAAAGCUAUUCAGGCUUUCGUUCCAGAGGCAUUCCAUAGGAUUAAAGUGGCGGCUCCAUAUACCAAGGAUGGUAGCGUGGCCUGGAAUGGUGAGCGAUGCAGCUUGUGGCAAGGCUGAGAUGAUGCACCAACAGGUUCAUGUUUUCUUUACUUUCCUGACUCCUAGGAUCCCAUGGCAACCGUGGUAGAGGUCAGAUCUAAGCCCAAGAGCAAGUGGCGGCCUCAAGCUUUGGACACUGUGGAGCUUGAGAAACUGGCUUCGCGAAAGUUGAGGAUAAAUGCUAAAGAAACUAUGAGGAUUGCAGAAAAGCUCUAUACUCAAGGGUAUAUCAGCUAUCCCCGAACAGAAACAAACAUUUUUCCCAGAGACUUAAACCUGACAGCAUUGGUGGAACAGCAGACCCAAGAUCCACACUGGGGAGCCUUUGCCCAGAGCAUUCUGGAGCGAGGUGGCCCUACCCCCCGCAACGGGAGCAAGUCUGACCAAGCUCACCCUCCCAUCCACCCCACCAAAUACACCAGCAGCCUGCAGGGAGAUGAACAGCGACUGUAUGAAUUUAUUGUUCGCCAUUUUCUGGCUUGCUGCUCGCAGGAUGCUCAGGGACAAGAGACCAGCGUGGAGAUUGACAUUGCUCGGGAACGCUUUGUGGCCCAGGGCCUCAUGAUUCUGGCUCGAAACUACCUGGAUGUGUAUCCAUAUGACCGCUGGAGUGAUAAGAUCCUUCCUGUCUAUGAACAAGGCUCCCGCUUUCAGCCCAGCACCGUGGAGAUGGUGGAUGGGGAGACCAGCCCACCCCAGCUGCUCACCGAGGCUGACCUCAUUGCCCUCAUGGAGAAGCAUGGCAUUGGUACUGAUGCCACCCAUGCUGAGCACAUUGAGACCAUCAAAGCCCGAAUGUAUGUGGGCCUCACCCCAGACAAGCGCUUCCUCCCUGGGCACCUGGGCAUGGGGCUUGUGGAAGGUUAUGACUCCAUGGGCUAUGAAAUGUCCAAGCCUGACCUCCGGGCUGAGCUGGAAGCUGAUCUGAAGCUGAUCUGUGAGGGCAAGAAAGACAAAUUUGUGGUUCUGAGGCAGCAAGUACAGAAAUAUAAACAGGUUUUCAUCGAAGCAGUGGCUAAAGCAAAGAAGUUGGAUGAGGCCUUGGCCCAGUACUUUGGGGAAGGAGCAGAGGUGGCCCAGCAGGAAGAGAUCUACCCAACCAUGCCAGAGCCCGUCAGAAAGUGUCCACAGUGCAACAAGGACAUGGUUCUCAAGACUAAGAAGAGCGGUGGGUUCUACCUUAGCUGCAUUGGUUUCCCGGAGUGUCGAGCAGCCCUGUGGUUUCCUGACUCGGUGCUGGAGGUCAGCAGGGAUGGCAGCGUGUGUCCAGUCUGUCACCCGCAGCCUGUGUACAGGUUGAAGUUCAAGUUUAAGCGUGGCAGCCUUCCCCCAACCAUGCCUCUGGAGUUUGUCGGCUGCAUUGGCGGAUGUGAUGAGACUCUGAGGGAGACCCUGGACCUAAGAUUCUCACGAGGCCCUCCCAGAGAUAGCCAGCCCUCCAGCCACCUGCAGGCUAGCCAGUGCCUGAACAGGAUGGAUAGCAACCGGGACGGCUACCCCCUACCUGGCCUCAGACAGACUGGGCCCUCAAAGGCUCCGACUCAGACCCUCCCACCACCCACUGCCACUGGUGAAGGCAAUUCCGUGACCUGCAACUGUGGGCAGGAGGCUGUGCUGCUCACUGUCCGUAAGGAGGGCCCCAACCAGGGCCGGCAAUUCUAUAAGUGCAGCGGGAACAGCUGCAACUUCUUCCUGUGGGCAGACAGUAGUAGCCACCUGCAAGGAGAAGGGCUUCCUGUUCCAGUACCAAGACCCGCAGGCAGCUCCCUGGGACGACUGCCAGGCUCAGGGAGCCACCUGGGUGGGUUCGCCAGCCCUGGUGAUAGCAGUGGUAGCGUGUCCUGCCUCUGCAGCCAGCCAGCCAUAACACGGACUGUCCAGAAGGAUGGGCCCAACAAGGGGCGCCAGUUCCACACAUGUGCCAAGCCAAGAGAGCACCAGUGCGGCUUUUUCCAGUGGGUUGAUGAGAACAUGGCCCCAGGGACUUCUGGAGUCCCACCCUGGCAGCAGGGUAGAGGAAGAACCCAGGGGCCCGAGGGCAGAAGCAAAAGAUCACGAGCCAAUUCCUCAGACACAGCGUCUACAGCCAAGAAACCCCGGAAGUGCAGCCUUUGCCACCAGCCUGGACAUACUCGUCCCUUUUGUCCUCAGAACAGAUGAGGGCAGGGUAGGGUAGUGAGGGUCACUUCCUCAGACCUGUUCCCUUCAUCUUAGGAAAUGAGUUAACUAGGACCAGGUGGCCAUUCAUUGUCCUGGAAACUGAGGAAGUGUUGUAGCUUCCCGGACGUGUUAAAGAGGACAAGGUCCAGAUCACUCUAGGGAAGGUCAGCUCUGCUGGACAGUGACCUUCUACCCAGGACUCAAACAUGACUAUAGCCAUUGCUGAGAAGAGUCACUCAUCUCCCUGUUUUCCCUUUGCUUGGCUUGUGUCAUUGCCGUCUUAGUGGGUGAGAAGUGGCAUCUCCUGUGAUUCUGACACGCAUUUAUCUAAUGACAUUGACCAUCUCUUUGUGGACUUACUAGCCAUUGGUAUAUGUUCUUUGAAGAAGUGUCUAUUUGAGUCCUUUACCCAUUUUUAAAUUGGAUUGUUUUUCUGUUCUUCAGUUGUAGGAGUUCUUCAUGGAUUCUGGAUACCAGGGGGAUAC